AUGUCAGAAUUAAAAGCGGAUGUUCUGGAAGAUUACAAUCCCUUCGGGCCGGUGGGCGCAAACGGUCCGUUCCUUUUACACCACAUUAUGAUGUGUUCACAGCAAUCACUUUCAUGAUGAUAUUACACUCCAUACUUCCUACUUUCGUUUUUGUGCUAAAAUAUUUACUUUCUGGGAAGUUAGAUUUUGUAUGCAGAUAAUAUCAAAAGUCCUUAACUCUGUCCGAUGUAUAUCAAACGGAGCGGCGACAUCACGUUUUUAUGCACCGCCGGAGGCACAAUUCGAGUAAAUUAUUAUAAUAAUCACAACGUUCAUGUGCAUCCCUUUUAAUGUUUAUCCAAAAAGUCGAACGUACCCUAGCGCUGGUUUGGCAAAAUAGUGGGAAGCAGGGGGACCCAGGUCUUCUUAGCAAGUGUAGAUGGGCCACUUAGCUUCGCCACAUCCUACGCACAUACACAUCCGGCUAUCUGCGCUUGGUCUUUUCACUAAAACACGGCGGAAUAUGACUGGAGACCGACGUCCAUGUAGUUCAAGUCUGUCACACCAUAAACAAGUUUGCACCCGUCAACGGUAGGGUGAAGGACCCUACCUAAUUGCCGGGAAAUUAUGGGUAGUAUCAUAUGGGGUUUUAUCUUGGCAUCCGCUCACUGGCCGUUACAGGCAUUGCACUGCCAACAAUAGUCACUUCUCGUAAGCUCAAGCCAUUACUCAAAGUCUGUUAUUGUUUUAAAAACUAACCUUUUGUUUACUUUUUAUCCAACGCGCCUAUCUCCGUUGGCAAAAAUCCAAUCAAGUUCUGUGUUUUCAUGAAUUUUGCCAGCUUACUGUCGGAAAUGCUGCCCCACCCGUAAAACCUCUAUUGCCAUCAUUACCGCAUGACAUGAUCCACAGUCCACCGACAGCUAAGUGGGCUCCUUCAUCCUACCGUUGCCCGACACCCCUCUAGGACAUUGAAAUACCUCGUUGCCUGCCACGACCUAGCUAUGAGGUAGCUACCUGAUUCUAGAAUAUUUUUUCCUUAAUUUGGAAGUCAUAUCAGUGAUGAUCCAAUGCCAGAAUUUUACGCCGCAUCGGAGUUCGAGUUCUUCACAGCGAUGCACUCUGAAGCGAUAGUCUCGGAUCGUAAAACCCAAUCUCUGAUGCGUAUACCGCAGUGCUGAUGGUGAACAGCAUCUGAGUUUCUGUUAUGACCGAUUUUCCUCCCUUUCUACUUAUAAAUACACAAGUUUUGCAGUAAUUUAGUUUUGGGAAACUUCGAACGCCUUUCGUGUCUUAAUUGGGCAGUGUUGUAGUGUGCCAUACAGCUGACAAAACUAAGGUUCCUGGUCGUUGAGUACAGCACAUCGACAAACAAAAUCCAUAUCAUAAGGUUGAUAUUUCUUUAAACGAGAAAUCAAAUCAAACUAAACUAAACCUAACUAUCUUUGAAGCCAUUUGCAGAUUUAAUCAAAAAGUUUCUCACCGAUGAACGACUGUAGAAAGAUACGAGCGAUCUUCGAUUUGAGAUUCAGAUGACCUUCCAACUCAGUGAUCCUCACCUAACGUGAACUCUGUUUCAACACCCGGGCAACGACCCGUUCACUCUGGAGUUUUUACAGUGGACCCGAACGGUCUGUCCUGCGUCCUCGCAAACGCUUGCAACCUUCCCCUCUUUUCAGCUCAGACAGAUAAAUUGACGGUUUCAGGUUUAACUUACCUUACUGCCCCAACAUUGAUUCCAGUUGCAGACCUUACUCAACGAGCAUUUCUUAAGUGUGUUCGCGUCUGACAGUUACUAUGUCUUCGCUAUCAGUGGUUUAGUGUACCGCUGAUCCGCUAGAUGACGGAGAUGCACUUGAGUCGGAAUUCUUUAUCAUCAAAUAAUAUGAUUGUUUGGGCACUAUCAUAAAUUCCUCCAAGUUAUGUGGAUAAAUUCGAGAUUCCCCUUGUUUGGAUCUAGUGUUUGCGCAGUUGGGUGGAGCUUAUCUCUUAUUGCAGGAAAGAGGGACGACGCUUAAAAAAUUCACCAAGCAAGCCUUUAUUCUUUGGAAGUCUACGACAUGGAGUCAAUGGGGCCGAAGGGCAAGAGGCAUAUUCCCACCAUCCACACUGUCCUCACCAAAACAUUGGGGUUGGCUAGGGACUGUUUUCUGGUUGUCCCAACUCAGAUUAACUACGGCAUCAGCAAGCGUAAUAGACUUGUGGCUUUAUCUCGUGCUCAGGCAAUUAGCCUGGUAUAUGGCGAGAAGCAAGGCCUUACUACUUGUAAUUUAUACGACCUCGUCUGAUCUAGCCAACCUGAAUGACGUCACUAAUGUUUCUUACGCACGCACGCUCUGGAGAGUUCAGUUCACUGUCUUCGCAAGCGGCGACAACUGGAUACGGAAGUCGUUGUGGACUUUGUGGAGCCAGAUUUUAAGCUGGCCUCCUUGUUUUCGCCUCCAGUUAGCCAAGAAUAAAGAAAGUUCGAGAUGUGUCACGGCAACUAUUUUAUGUCCGAAAAUAUCCUGGCGAUGUUGCCACAGCAAGCAUAGGGUGUUUUAUUCGAGAUGACUUUAAUGUACUCCACCUAAAGGAGGCUUCUGAAGAACGAUUGUCGCGGGCUUUAUUUUUUGCCUAUAUUCCAAGUUUACAUGCCCUUAUUCAGGACGGCGGAAGUUAACUGACUGGAGGGAUGUUCGUGACAUGCCGAUAAUUAUCGUAAUUAAUUUAACCUGACGGGUCUAUAAACACCCUCUAAGAUCUGCAACCCUGGGAGCAGCAUUUGUUUCUGCCAAGAUAUCAUCCUUUGUUUAACGGCAACUUCACGCGCACGCACUUUAGUUUGCAUUUCUUCAAACUGCCAGUCAUUAUUUACAAACAAUACUUCCCCUCUAUCAAGAGUCAAGCUCGAGAAAUUUUGAGUUUUCCCGGCAUUCGCAUGUACACCGACCUCAUUCACCAGAGACUGCAUUCUAUGGACGAAGAAAAAGCAGACUGGGAUGGCCAUCUCGGGCCUGUUAGCCGUCCCGUAAUCUAAUCAGUGAACGCCCUUCUACCAUAGUAUCGUCAGGCACACUCAUUAGGACAACGGACCCGUGUUUAAUGGUGGAACAUUGAACUACUUAACGAUCAAUGACCAAAUAAACCGAACACCAAUCCCACGUCGUCCAGACCUGUUGUUGGAUAGGACUUGCUGACGACAACUAACAGGCCGGAAAUGGCCAUUCCAGUCUCUAGUUCCUGUCGAUACUCUCUUCUCUGCAUAUAUUACUGGCCCCUAUGUGCCUGCCUGCGAGAGCUCUAUGGCACAACGGAUUAAGUACGUCCAAUAAGGUGAUCGGUGAGCACCCUUCUAUCACACUGCAUUUUGUAUAUCAUUGUAGUUUGACGUUAGCUCGGUGAUCCCGCGAACAUAGUCGAGUUAGCCCAGUAGGCGUUCUGGUGCAAAUGCAACACCUCCGAAAUCGCGAUAAGUAGCCCAUAGGAUCACCAACUGCUGUGGCCAAACUAGGUUACAAUCUCUUCGAACACCAAACAGAAUGUCGAGCGGUUGAGGAUGACAUUGUUAUUAACCAGAGCACAUGAGAUGAUGGGGCCAUAGUAAACCUGAUCGGAGCGAUACUUUCGACGCAUCGCUCGAUUUCAUUAUCCACCACAGGAACUCACGAUAGGCAAUUUCGCAAGCUACCACAAAGUCAACAAAACAAACUGCCGUCAGUUUCUGGUAGUUGCGAUGGAAUUUGAGAGUGCCCUGCAGUAUAAACUAUUUUGUCGGUGUAUUCACGUCCAGCCAGUCAGUUUGUUUUCGAAACAGAGAAAUCUCAUUUCCUUCCGCAGUUCCCGUUGCUUUUUCGCUCUUCCACGUCCCCCAUUUAUCCCACUGGUACCUGCUGAGUGCUCUUCAGUGCCAGGCUUUCGUUUAAACCUCAUGCACGUAUUCAUCAGCGCAGCCACAAAAGUGUUAUGGUGGUCGAACAGCCAUUUAUCCAGCAUUUCUAACACCUGCGAAUUACUUUCACCUCCGUAUACCCUGCAGAAACCAUGUAUCGCGCGCCGCCACAACAGGCCAAUAACCAGCCCGCGGUUCUGCCCCUCUCUGACUCCCAUCCCUUGGGCCCUCCCCCCUACUCUGCGUCGAAAUCCGAGCAACCCGCCCUGAUGCCCGCUGCACCCGCUCAGGAUUCUCUAACGGUUGCUGAUUUGCAACGUCGUCAGGCUGAACUUGAUGCCCGAGCCGCGCAACUAGAUCUGAGGGAGCGUCAGCAGCAACAACAGGAGAUGUGGCGUGCAGAGCAUGGCUAUGGCAAUGUCUCGGGUAUGAUUUACCUUUUUCUAGUGAUUUCCUGCCAGCUCCCUCCCUGA